CGCGUCACGUGACGCUGUGGCUGGCUACUGUCAUACUGGUAUAAAUCCACCUCUAUAUAUUUAGUCAGUCCUUUUCUCCACGCAAAGCUGCCGUGUCUCCAAGUCCAGGCUACAACGUAGCUUCGACUUCUUCUUCAGUCAUGGCUGACCAGGCUUUUGUGACGUUGGCUACCAAUGACAGUUAUGCCCGGGGAGCCAUGGUUUUGGGCAAGUCCCUCCGCAACCAUAACACUUCCAAGAAGCUGGUGGCACUCAUUGGUCCACACGUGUCAGAGCCUUGCCAAGCUGUGCUGAAGAGGAUCUUUGACGAGGUGAGGGUGGUCGACGUGCUGGACAGUGGCGACACGGCACACCUGGCUAUGAUGAAGAGGCCUGACUUGGGCGUCACCUUCACCAAACUCCACUGCUGGACUCUCACACAUUACUCCAAGUGUGUUUUCAUGGACGCAGACACACUGGUGCUCUCAAAUAUAGAUGAGCUGUUUGACAGGGAAGAGUUGUCAGCAGCCCCCGAUCCUGGCUGGCCUGACUGCUUCAACUCUGGUGUGUUUGUUUUUCGCCCUUCCAACGAGACAUACGGCAAACUGCUUCAGUAUUGCACAGAACACGGCAGCUUUGAUGGAGGAGACCAAGGUGUUUUGAAUGGCUUCUUCAACACCUGGGCAACAGCUGACAUAUCAAAACAUCUCCCAUUCAUCUACAACCUCAGCAGCAUAGCUAUCUACACCUACCUUCCAGCAUUCAAGCAAUAUGGUGGUAAUGCUAAGGUGGUCCACUUCCUGGGGAAGACUAAGCCAUGGAGUUACACAUUUGACCCCAAAGCCAAAAGGAUCGCAGGCAGCGUGCAUGAGGCUACUGCACAUCCCACCUUCCUCCUGGACUGGUGGACCCUGUACUCUAGCACUGUGGUGCCCCUGCUGCAGGAGCAGUAUGGAGACCAGCCUUUUCACUCCGGAUGUGUGGAGGGUGAGGGCAGCUCUUCAUUCUCACAAGGGCCCCAGCUGUCCUCAGAAGAACGCAAGCAGAAAUGGGAGCAAGGUCAGGCAGACUACAUGGGAAUGGACUCCUUUGAUAACAUCAAGAGAAAGCUUGACACUUUCCUGAAGUAAAGACACAAUGAAGCGGGAUAUGAAAAGAGCACUUUCAGUACAUACAAAACAGGUUGCAUUUCCUCCUUUCCUCUGAUUUAUCAACUAGAAAUGAGUCGAGUGUCUCCUACCACCACCAGCUGCACUAAGCCCUCUGUACUCCAAAGACAGAGGUUUUUUUAAUGGAGGAAAAGGUUACAACAUAUGAACAGAUCAAAAUGUCUAUGCAAGGCUGUCAUUAUUCAGUUUACCCUCUAACAGGUACAGUAUCUGUUCUGCUACACUGUGAAGAAAAACAGGAAAGAUUUGUUACGUUUUAUACCUGCAUUAUAAAUUUUGCAGAGCUCUUUUGGCCUUGUGUCUAGGAUUAGCAGUCAUUUAUGUGUACAUUCUCCUUUUUUUACAACAGUUAUUGAGCAGUUUUCUGAGCAUUAAUAUUCUAAUUUUUUCUCGCUUUUUGAGUUGAGAACAGCAUUCUAACAUUGACAGCAUUAAUAAAGGCUACAGCAUGAUCAUUGAGCCAUGUAUACACUUGAUCUCAGUGCCUUAGUGUCUUGCUCUCUUUAGUGCCAUUAUCCUGUCUGUCCUGUUAUUGACUAGCAACUUUUCUGCAGCUGAUAAAGGUUUUUAACUUUCUUGCAUUGUACUUGAAAAGAUAUUGGAUGUACUAUGAAACCUUUCAUCUGGAAUUAUUAAAAACUUUAAAAGCA